AUGGAGGUGCGGGUGCCGCCGGGGCGGCCGCGGCGCGGAGUGACGCUGGCCGAGCAGCUCGCCGCGUCGUCCAACCUCCGGGACCUCCUCAAGCUGCGAGACGACGAGGGCGAGGGCGAACGCGCGGCGAGGAGGCGCCGCACGCUCCUCGACGUCAUCCGCGACGCGGACGAGGACCGCGCUCCCGCCGCCGCAGCAGCAGCAUCCGCACGCCGCGGCGUCUGCCCCGCGACGGGAGGCACGGUCGCCGCGGAGCCGGAGCCGGCGCCGGCCGCGCGGGGGGAGAGGGUGUCCCUGAUGGCGCUGCUGGAGCGGACGGAGCAGCAGUGGGCGGCCCGCGCCGCCGGCGGGCACUGGAAGCGCGUGGACGCGGAGGACGAGGCGCCGGCGGAGGAGAAGGAGAAGGGCGGCGGCGGGGGCGUGGGCGGUCGGUGCUGCGUGUGCGUAGCGCGGGGCAAGGGCGCCGCCUUCAUCCCCUGCGGCCACACCUUCUGCCGCGCCUGCGCCCGCGAGCUCCGCGCCGGCCGCGGCAGCUGCCCGCUCUGCAACGCCACCAUCCGCGAGGUCCUCAACCUCUUCUGACCCGCCGCCCCUCCGCCGCAUUCCUCCGUCCGCCGCCGCCGGCGACGGCUGUUCGUUCUCUCCGCAAGAACACACCUUUCCAUCGUUUUCGCACCGGUUGGUCCCGGAUUCAUCGUUCAUGCUCCAAGCUGGAACCCGACCAUUCCUUCGAUCACAGAAACCUUGCAGUGUAGAUAAUUUUUUCCGUUUCGUUCUUGCUCUCUCUCCUCCUCGGAACCGAAGAUAGAUUCAACAGCACACUUGUACUGUCAUCGUAGCGGAUGCAGCAUUCAAUCCUGCGAUCCCCAUCUCCGGGACGGACAUCGUAUCCA